GAAUAUUCUAAGAGAUUACCAAAAGGUCCCUGGUUCGAAGCCUUUUCGCCCUUGACGAGGAAUGGAAGUGGCCGCUGUUGCCUGCGCCCCCUCGAUCCAUCCCUUGCAUCGCCAGCAGCUAUGUCACUCCCGUUUAGCAUCGCCGCGAUCGCGCUUGGCGUUGCGAUCCUCUUCGUCUGGGGCUGAGCUGUGGAUCCGACGAUCAAAUGUAGGUGUUCGAGCCAUGAGUAGCGAUGGCACACCUGAGUAUCGCCCUAGAGCCGACUUUUACAAGGUAGAGGCUAUUGUAAGACCGUGGAGACUAUCCCAAGUAUCAGGGGCAUUGCUGAGAGCUGGAAUUCGGGGAGUAACUGUGAGCGAUGUUCGUGGUUUAGGCGCUCAAGGUGGAGCUCUCGAACGACAUGCCGGCUCCGAGUUCUCGGAAGACAAGUUCGUGACAAAGAUCAAAAUGGAGGUUGUGGUGUCUGCGGAUCAGGUGGAGCUUGUGAUCGACACGGUUCUGGAAGAAGCGAGAACUGGAGAGAUCGGGGACGGCAAGAUUUUUGUGAUCCCAGUCGCGGAUGUGAUCCGUGUUAGAACCGGCGAGCGCGGACUCCAAGCCGAGAGAAUGGUGGGAGGUCGCGCAGACAUCCUUUCUUCCACCACCUAAGGCUCUUCCAUGCUAGAAAGAACUUUGCUCGAGAUCUAAGAUAAUGCAUGCUAGAAACUUUUGGAUUUUGAUAAUCCACGCUAGACAUGUUUGGAGAACUGUCUCAGGAAGAUAACCCAUGCUAGAAAACCUUUGCUCGAUAAUCCACGCUAGAAAUGUUUA